CUUCUAGAAACGUUCCUACGCUUGCGUGAGGCGCGUUGCUGCUGGACAAGGACAUUGGGAAAUGGAAUGACAUUUGUGUAACGUUUGAUAACUUCCAAUUUUGUAACAUUACGUGGGAAAUAAAAAGUAAAGUACCUGACUUGGAGGAUUAUCAUCUGGUCCUUGCUAAACUGACUCAUCGCAAUUUCUAUCAAAUCCGCUUCUGACACAGGUUUCUUAAUUGGGAUUGAGAGGGGACCAAGAAGAUAAAGAGCUGGUCCUUCCUUUGGGUGGCUGUGGCAUGAUGGUCUGGUGACUGUCUGGGGUGUCCCCUGGUGACUGGGGUUACACCCUACCCCCCCCGUCUUGAAUGGCUGCAUGUAGAGGGGCCCUCGCCUUGUGGGCGGGGUGUGUGAGGAGCCAUGGCAACAGGCAACCAGUCAAGCAACAGUGCUGGAGUCUUGCACAGGCGCUGGAUGUGCAGUGGAGUGGACAGAUUCGGCCUCUCAGCAGCGCGUCAUGGGCCCUGGUUCCCCCCAACAGUCUGAGGUACCAGAACAUCAAGCAGCCAUCCCUGUCACACCCCUUCCACCAUGCCAGCCACAGCCAGAUGCCCCCGGGCCUGGACGAGGACUGGGAGGAGACUGUCAGCCUGUGUGUGCUGGUGCGGACUGUCCCUGGGGAGUGUGAUGACCAGCACACCCUGGUGGAGGUGCCUCUGUUUGGGCAGACUAAACUAAGUGAGAUCCUUGCUCCGAGAGGAGUCAGUAGGCCCGUGGAGUUCCUCUUCCCCAUGACCACUGUGGAUGGGAGCCGAGAGGAUGACAUCAGCGUUGGGAAGAUGAACAAGGGAGAAUGGCUGCAUGAUGAUGCAGAAAAGAGGGAGAGAGGAUCGUUCCGAAGGCUGUUUGAGACGGAAGGAUGUCCUGCUCCAUUUAUGUAUGGAUCCAGGUUUUACUGCUUCCACUGUCCUGGAAUGGAGCCGUUACCUGGUUACGGGGACAAAUCGGGCAAUAUGAUUGGACUAGAGAAAGAGUUGUCGCUGUUCCACACCUCUCUGUAUAGUAGCUACACAGAGAGAGAGACAGUGGAGGGGGGACACAGCGACAAAGAGAGGGAGGAUGAGGAGAAACUGGCCUUGAUGUAUGAAAAGCUGAGGAUUGAGCUUCCAAGUUUUUUUGUGAAGAGUCAUGACUACACCAUGUACACAAAUGAUAUCGAGUUCGUCAACUGUAUUCUAAAUGCCAAGACCAGGGGCAGAGUUCUGUACCAGCUGAGCCUGUCUCUGUGGAGGCUGCUCUGUCUCUGUUACUAUGCUGAGGCCCGGUUAGAGGUACUGAAACUGACUAAGCACCCAGAGGACAUGACCAUCAAGGCCAGGUGGAGGGUCAGAGGACUGCCCUUCCUCUCUUUGCUGCUGAGAUUCUACCGCAAGGACAAAACUGACCUCUACAGGUCAUAUGAUGCGUUCUCCACCUUCUACCUUGGCCAUGAUGGACUCAUACACUGUCACAAAGUGGAAAAAAUGAUGAAGGCCCAGCCGCCCAUCCUGCCCAGGGUGACUACUCUGUUAGCGGGGGCCCUUGUGGCCCUGGGGGUCCAGGAGCACCGGCCGGCCCUCAACCUCCUGCCCCCCCUGCUCUCCUCCCUCCGACAGAGCCGAGACGGAGAGAAAGGAGGGUCUAGAGGAAGGAGCAUGUGUGUACCAUGAGAGGAGUAACAUGCACAGAGAGGGAAACAUGUGAUCAAUGUUGUCCAGAAAAACAACUUGUUUAUCCCUGGUCACCCGUACAAUCUCUCCCUAUUGUGCACCUGCUCUGGGGGGAAAAUGUUUAAUUAAAAUAAACCUUUCCAAACCCGUUCUCUCUCUGGACUCCCACAGCAAUCAAAUAGCCGCUAAUAUUUUAGUUCAUAUGCAAUCCAGAACUUCAGUUUAUCCAAUAAGUUGAGUUGAAACCUUGAUCAGUACCCUGUUAACGCACAAACAAAUGAUCACACGGCACUGAGUGAUUGCGUGUGGGAUGUUGAACCUCUCUUUGGGCCUAAACGCUCACCAUGCACAUAGCCUGCUGCUCAUAAAAGUAUCUGCUAAAUGGUGUAUAUUAUUGGACAACCCUAUUUUCACUACAUUACAUGAAGACACUGUUAAAUGCUAAAAAAAUUAAAGGCAAGCUUAGUCAGUCAUUUUGUGUUUCAUGUGUUCUCAGCCUAUGGGGCAGUCACGUGCCUGGGAACUGGGCACACAUUUGCCACUGGUUUCCGUUGAAUACAGUUGUUACUGAUUACAUUGUUGAUGUAACAGUUUGCACACAGCCCAAGAAACCCUUUACUGAGGCCAGGGGUUGUUAAUAUGGAGAGAUUAGACUCUAUUCCAUAUUGCCAGUUGAAGUUGUCUUAUCUAUGGCCUGCCAUGACUCAAUGUGGGCCUUGUUUUAACACACCCUCUGAUCUCUGUGUGCCAGUGGAAAGUCAUGGAGAGAGCAUCCAUGUGGCAUAAAGCAACCUAAUGCAUGAUGUGUUGGUCUCUCUGUCCCUGUACAAUCUUAUUUGGAAGUGUACAUGUCAAUCUCAUAAGACUCUUAUUUUGAAGAGCCUUAAAUCUCAUGUCCUCAUUGCUGUACCUUUAACUCACAACCCCAUUUAUACCUUGGUUGGAAACUGCUAAUGUCCUUCCAUGUUGGAUGGUUAACUUGCUGUCAGGGAGAGGAGACAGCUGCAGACUGGCUGGCUUGCAGUUAAUGUUUGACCUGACCUCUGCUCAUGUCCCUGACACUGCAACACAGUUGCAUGACAUACACUACAUGACAAAGUAUGUGGACACCUGCUCAAUGACCCUCUAAUUCCAAAAUCAUGGGCAUUAAUAUGGAAUUGGUCCCACCUUUGCUGCUAUAACAGUCUCCACUCUUCUGGAAAGGCU